GCUGUGCACAUCUCCCCACUCCAGCCACCUUCUCCAUACCCAUCUUUUAUUUCAUUUUUCCACUUGGCUGAGCCAUCCAGAGCCUUUUCAAUGUAUAAAAUGGAAUAUUCUUACCUCAAUUCCUCUGCCUACGAGUCCUGUAUGGCUGGGAUGGACACCUCGAGCCUGGCUUCAGCCUAUGCUGACUUCAGUUCCUGCAGCCAGGCCAGUGGCUUCCAGUAUAACCCGAUAAGGACCACUUUUGGGGCCACGUCCGGCUGCCCGUCCCUCACGCCGGGAUCCUGCAGCCUCGGCACCCUCAGGGACCACCAGAGCAGUCCGUACGCCGCAGUUCCUUACAAACUCUUCACCGACCACGGCGGCCUCAACGAGAAGCGCAAGCAGCGGCGCAUCCGCACCACUUUCACUAGCGCGCAGCUCAAAGAGCUGGAGAGGGUCUUCGCAGAGACGCACUACCCUGACAUCUAUACCCGGGAGGAGCUGGCCCUGAAGAUCGACCUCACCGAAGCGCGAGUCCAGGUGUGGUUCCAGAACCGCCGCGCCAAGUUCCGCAAGCAGGAGCGCGCGGCCGCGGCCGCCGCGGCCGCGGCCAAAAACGGCUCUUCGGGAAAGAAAUCCGACUCGUCCCGGGACGACGAGAGCAAAGAGGCCAAGAGUACCGACCCGGACAGCACUGGGGGCCCCGGCCCCAACCCCAACCCCACUCCCAGCUGCGGGGCGGGCCGCCGCCGCCGCGGCCGCCGCGGCCGCGGCCGCGACAGCAGCUGCCGACCCCUUGAAGGGGUUGUUGGCACUGAACUCUCUCCACUUGGCCCCGAGGAUGGUCAUCAUCUUCGACAUCGGGAUCUUAGGAUUCUUCUUCGCAAUCAGGGGCCUGGAAACACAGGAGCAGAAGACGCAGGACCCUCGCGGACGGUCCGGGAACACUGCCGCGUCCCUCGUGGGUAA